CGCCAGUCGACUCGAUGCCUGCAGUCUUGCCAGACGACUCGGUGCCCGCAGUCUAGCCAGACGACUCGGUGCCCGCAGUCUUGCCAGAUGACUCGGUGCCCGCAGUCUUGCCAGCGACUCGGUGCCCGCAGUCUUGCCAGACGAACUCGGUGCCUGCAGUCUUGCCAGACGACUCGGUGCCCACUGUCGUGCCUGGUGACUCGGUGCCCCCGCGUCGUCUGGGGGCCCAAGACCUGUCGCUCCGCCUGGGGGUCCGGCGCCCGCCGCUCCGCCUGGAGGGCCCGAGACCUGUCGCUCCACUUGGGGGUCCGGCGCCCGCCGCUCCGCCUGGGGGCCCGAGACCUGUCACUCCAUCUGGGGCCCGAUGUGCCUCUGCCCGGAGUCCAGCCCGAUGUGCCUCUGCCCGAGUCCUGCCCGAUGUGCCUUUGCCCGAUGUGCCUUUGCCCGGUGUGCCCCUGCCCGGUGUGCCUCUGCCCGGUGUGCCCCUGCCCGGUGUGCCGCUGCCCGGAGUCCUGCCCGGUGUGCCGCUGCCCGGAGUCCUGCCCGGUGUGCCCC